AUGACCACCAGUCUGCAGGCCAUCGCGGGCCCCUCAAAGUACACCACCGCAAUGCAGCCAAAAAUCGAGCCUGUCUCGCCGCUCAACUCGAUCGACAACGAGGUUUCCGUCACAAAACCUGGCCUGACUGUCGGAGAGAAUGGAGAGGUUGUCAAGGUCCCCGCCUUCCUCAACAAGUUGUACAGCAUGGUGUCUGAUCCUGACACUGAAGAGUUGAUAUACUGGGCCGAGUCGGGCGACUCCUUCUUCGUCCCCAACCACGAGCGUUUUGGCAAGGAGCUUCUCCCGCGUUUCUUCAAGCAUGCCAACUUUUCGAGCUUUGUCCGCCAGCUCAACAUGUACGGCUUCCACAAAGUGCCGCACCUGCAGUCGGGCGUCCUGAAGAACGAGGCCCCGUCCGAGCUGUGGGAGUUUGUCAACCCUUUCUUCAAGCGCGACCAACCUCAACUGCUGUCCCGAGUGACGCGCAAGAAUAAUAGGCCAGUGACAGCCGUUCCACAGCCGCCCAGCCAGGGCUCGACUGGCACACGGUCGUCGGCGCGUCAGGCUGCUGCCAACGCUUCCAUCAGCCCUGGCUACCCUGGUGUGCACCUCCUCACCGAUGGCACCACCGAGGGUGAGGCUGGCCCACUCGUGUCCAUGACCCAACUCGCCGAUCUGCAGGCCAUCCAGAGCGGCAUCAACGCUAUCCGCCAGACCCAGGCCGCUAUUGGCGCCGACCUCAAGGCGCUGCAGACAUCCAACGAGCACCUGUGGCGUGAGGCCAUCGAGUCUCGCGAGCGCCAGCAAAAGCACGAGGAGACCAUUGACCUCAUUGUCUCCUUCCUCGAGCGUCUCUUUGGUACUGAAGGCGAGGGCCUCAAGGGCCUCAAGGAAGCCAUGCGCCGCGGCGUUAUGACCCGUGCCCGUGAGGACAGUGGAACGGACGAGGUGGCAAGCGCCAAGAAGCGUCGCAGGCUACUCAUCGAGGAUGGUACCAUUGCUACCAACGGUGGCAGUGACAGUGCAAACGGGGUGGCCAAUGGUCGCUUCAGUGAGAUUCAAGGUUGGUACAAUACACCAAUUAUUGAACUGACUCAACAAGAACCCACGGCGACCAUUGAGCCGGUGAAUAGCACCUCCGUCCCUGCUAGUGUUGAACCUUGGAACUCUACUGGCCCCCGUUUCACUGCGCUUGCCACUGACGAUGAGGCUUCUCCCUUCUCCAAGUCGCGCUCCACCUCCAUGAAGUCUGGCGUCACACCGGGCCAGGAUCCUACUCUCCACCAGGGCGGCGUGUCGCCUCUUUCAGACGUGCCAGAGCUGCGGACCGACAACACCCACGCUCUGCAGGCCUAUGGCGGCUCCGAAGACAUGACUGGCCUCAACCUCGACCCCUCCCUUCUCCAGACGACGAUCGGCUCCCUCUUGCAGUCGCCUGCUGCUGCGCAAAUGUUCCUCAACUCGCUCAACGCCUCCGUCCAGGGCCAGGCUUUGGCCACCCCCCACAAGCCGACUUCCCCUGCCCCUCCCACCGAGAACGCCGACCCGACAAUGGCGCUCUUUUCUCCUCUUCCCAACGCCGGCCUGGCCAACCACAACCAGGACCUGCUCGGCGCGUACCACAAGGCCGUCGGCGUCAACGGCGAGGUGGAGAGCCUGCAGGACAGCAUCGACUCGCUUGUGAGGAGCAUGGGCCUGGACCUGCCGAAUGGUGGCCUCCCUCAUGGAGGUCACAACCCGAACCAGACCCCUGCGCCGACAGCGGCCACCACCACGGCAAACACUGUUGGUCCCAGCUCAGUGCCGUCUGUGCCGUCUGUGCCUUCUGUGCCCUCGGUCCCCUCGGUCCACUCCCUCCCCGGUCAUUCGGAAACGAUCGCGCCAGAAUUCGAUGACAGCGAGUUCAACGUCGACGACUUUCUCGACCAGCUGGCCAAGAAUGGCCCCAACACCACCGAGGAUGAGCACGACCGCUAA